AUGCGCCUCUUUCUUACCUCAACAAUUCUGCUUUUUAUGAUGUUUGGAGCUGGAACUUUGGCAACAUAUCACACAAUGAGUGUUCGAAAAUAUGUUGUCGAUCUGGUUCAUGACGGGAAAAUCAAAACUGAAUACACUAAAAGGUAAGUUGAGGAUAAGAUGAGCAAUGUUUUUUGAAAAUAAUAAAAAAAAUUCCAGCGUUCCAAGCGCUCUCUGCCAAUCUCGCAAAAACGGACCACUGUUCUUCAAAAUCAAAAUGCUGUGCGGUGAAAAUCUUCUUCUCCCAAAAGUCAGUGAAAACGGGGCUCUUCUCCUACUUCAUCGCAAAGUUGAGGAUGGAGAAAAACUCAAGAAAUCGGAUAUCUUGAGAUUGUGCGAUCUUCAAAUGGAUCAUCUCUCAAAGAUCAGAAACGAAUUUGUUCUUGACAUUUUCCAGGAUGAAAAAUUGUUCAUUUAUUGUUAA